AUGUCUGCCGUGGACAGGGUGCUGACACGAACCCUGAAUGUUGGGCUGGGGCUUAAUAUAGAGAAGAGCGCCAAGUGUUCUCACUGCGUCGCCGGUCACCACAAGUGCGAGGACCUGCUCGUAGACCAAGAUGGCAAAAUCAAGCCUGCCGCGCGCGCCGUUGCGGCCGCAUCCCUCAAGGUGUCCCAGGGCGAGGAGGUCACGGCAUACGAAGAUUUGGCCACCAAAUACAACUUGCUUGCCCGCCGGGAAGCCAAACGAAGAAUGCCGUCAGCGGCUGGUUCUGUUUCAGCUGCUGCUCCAGCCAUGAGCACAGAUGCUCUAGCUGAGCUCAUGCGCCGACAAACCGAAAUCCUUUUGGACAUACGAGCUGAGUUGAGUGCAAUGCGCGAGAGGUCGGGCGCGGGAAUGCCGCCGGUGGAAAGCUCGGAUAUGUAUGAAGAUGACUAUGGCUUUGACCAAGAGAUGGAUAGAGAAGCUGAAGAGUAA